AUGGAUGAUGGAGGAAGAAGACAAGAUAUACGUGGUUCACCCCUUAAUGAAUACGUCCACGGAGAAGUACUUCGAUGUGGGACUCUUGCAAGUCACUGUGGUGGUGACACAUGUCACGGUGUUGAUGCUCUUGGUGCUGUUGCUUUGAUGCCGGAUAUGCUCGGUGGCUUGAAAAGUUUAACCGCGGACUAUUUUGCAAACCCUUGGAGUGCGAUUUCUCUGAUUGCGGCUGCUAUACUUCUGGCUCUCACUCUAGUGCAGACCGUGUACACCAUUCGCAUGAAGUGA